GUUUGGCCAAGGUAAUUAAGCAAAUUAUUCCAGAUUAUCUUUGACAGCGUCGGCCCGUCCUCUCAUGUGCGGCGCUGAUGAAAAAGCGCACAAGUUGACGUAUUGGGUCGGCGCUGGUAUUUAAACCCGGUCUGGCUGCCGCCGUGCCAGUCUCCACACUGUUCUCGUCCCGUCAAGUCGACUCUCCCGCUCUCGUGUCAACGUUCGACGACUACAAGGAUCUUCCCGAAACUCGCCCACGCCUUAGACUUGGAUUAUCUUGUAUUUUCCUGCUCGUUUCUACUGAGGAUCAACGAUGUCGAACUCCAUGCUGCAGCUGACCCUGCUCGCCGUCGUGAUCACCGUCAUGGUCCGACAAGUCGUCGGCAGCAACAACGUCAGGCCGCCGACCAACCACAUCAAGACGGUCGGUAGGAACGCGACAGCCGUGGAGAACGUGGCCAGCCGUGAGAUAGAGGAGGAAACAUUUGAGGUGAGAUGUUUUGAUGACGAGUCGUGCGAAGCUGACCAGUUCUGUCAUGGCCGGAGGGAGGAGAAGGUCUGCCUGCCCUGCCGCCGCCUUCGCCGCCGCUGUAACCGCGACUCCAUGUGCUGUAAGGGCAACGUCUGCCUCAACGGCAUCUGCGUCAGACCCAGGGAACGAGUGGCACUGGAGGGACGUCGUCAUGACAACGAAGAGGAACAAGAAGAGGAGGCUGAGGUGACAGAGACUGUGACGGAUGCGGACAGCCGAGAGACCUUCCAGGAUACCAAGGAAACGUUUCAGCGAGGUUCAGCUUGGUCACGGUGUCUGAGGUCGUCCGACUGCCAGGAGGGACUGUGCUGCGCGCGCCACUGGUUCUCCAAGGUGUGCAAGCCCAUGCUGACGCAGGGGGACGCCUGUACCCGGCCGGACAAGCGCACGGUCCCCGGAGAGCUGUUCCAGAGGUGCCCGUGCGAGGAGGCUCUCUCCUGCCGACCGAGCAGAGACGUCGUCGUGGAAGGGAAACCUAGACUGUACACGUGCCAGCAGUAGAACAACUGACCUGAGACGGACAUUAUUAUCCCGGGCGUUGGGAAGCUUUCCGCCCCCUACAGGAGUUUAUCGGACAGAUAUCAAGUGUUGUUCUAUAGCAGCAGGCAGCAGGGAAAGACGCCCGCUCGAAUUUCGGACGCAUCAAAGCACACAUUGGACUCAGUAAACUGUUACAAAUCUGCCCUGGCUUUAAUCCCCCGUCACUUUGAGGGAUACCGCCCCUGUCAUUAGCGAUGUGUCAGAAAAUCCCUCAGAUCUACUGAAAUAAUAGAAAAGUAUCGGACGACCCUCGUCUGUAAUGUCAUAGGCUAUCAUUGUUCCAAAGCUCUAGUGAGGUACUCUAUAGGGUUGCCGCUGAGUAAGGGAAGCGAGAAUAAGUUUUUUUGCCGGAAGCGUUAUGAUAAUCACUAUAUCAAUCAAAUGACAGCUUGAAAGUUUCCGCAUGGACGAAUACCUCAAAAUCUAGUUUUCAACGUUUGCUGUUUUGUGUACCCUUUAUCAAUGCAGAUUGGACUGAACACUGAAGAUAAAAUCGAUAUGUGUCAGGGGCGCGGAAACGUCGACUUUUCGACUCGGUCGACGCUGUGUAAACUACAAAAUACUCGAGAUCUAUUUAUCUAGAUUGUAUUUAUUUAGAUGUGCUCUUGCAGAUAACUUUAUUUUGAUAUGAUUGCCUCUUUGUAAAUAAUACUCUCUCCCGUUGUGUAAUUUAAAUGAGUUCGGAGGUUUACUGUACAGAAGUCUGUGGUUUUCGUUGACAAUAAAAACAAUGAAAAAUAUUCACAAACGA